GGAGAGCGUCGUCGCGUCCGGUGACGUCUUCCGAGGACGUCGGGAUAGUAGGCAGCGUCGGCUGCCGUGUCGGAGGCGUCCGCUGGAAAAUGGCGGAAUACUUGGCCUCCAUCUUCGGCACCGAGAAAGACAAAGUCAACUGUUCAUUUUAUUUCAAAAUUGGAGCAUGUCGUCAUGGAGACAGAUGUUCUCGGUUGCACAAUAAACCGACCUUUAGCCAGACCAUCUUGAUUCAAAACAUCUAUCGUAAUCCCCAAAACAGUGCACAGACGGCUGACGGCUCACACUGUGCUGUGAGCGACGUGGAGAUGCAGGAGCACUAUGAUGAGUUCUUUGAGGAAGUCUUCACUGAGAUGGAAGAAAAGUACGGAGAGGUUGAGGAGAUGAACGUCUGUGAUAACCUAGGAGACCACCUGGUGGGGAACGUGUAUGUCAAGUUUCGACGUGAGGAGGAUGCAGAGAAAGCUGUGAUCGACUUAAAUAACCGUUGGUUUAAUGGGCAGCCAAUCCAUGCAGAGCUGUCCCCAGUAACUGACUUCAGGGAAGCCUGCUGCCGCCAGUAUGAAAUGGGAGAGUGCACAAGAGGGGGCUUUUGCAACUUCAUGCAUCUGAAACCAAUCUCAAGAGAGCUGCGACGGGAGCUGUAUGGGCGCCGGCGCAAAAAGCAUAGAUCCAGGUCCCGAUCCCGGGAACGGCGUUCUCGAUCCAGAGACCGUGGGCGUGGUGGCGGCGGAGGAGGUGGAGGUGGUGGAGGACGAGAGCGUGACAGGAGGCGGUCGAGAGACCGAGAGAGAUCUGGGCGAUUCUGAGCCGAGCUGUUUUUAUCGUGUGUCUGCUAGACAGUGUUGUAGUUGGUUGACAAGCCAGUUCAUAAUGGGAUUUUUUUUUUAAAAAACAACAAAAAAAAACAAAGAUGGGUUUCUGAAUAAAAUUUGUAGUGAUACAGUA